AGCCGGAGCCGCAGCCAGAGCACGGGCAGCGCGGAGCGGGCGGCGGGAAGGCAGCCGUGUCCGGCGGCCCGCCGCCCCCACUAGGCCCCAGACCCGCACACCCGCCGGGCCGGGGAGAGGCCGGGACCGAGCGCAGGCGAGGACCCGCCGCCCUGCCCGGGAGGAGUCCCAGGGCGCGGACUAGCUGGCUCGGGUCCGAGGUGAGCCUCGGCGCAGGACGCGCCCACCGGAGGCGCGGCCCCGCGAGCCCACCCGGGUCUGGGGUACUCUCAGGAGGCUGACGACCGAGGAGGUGUCCGCCGGGAGCCAGCGCCAGGGCGGCGGGGCGGGCUUGAUCCCUGCGGGCGCGGACGAGCGGGCCCGAAGCGCGGCGGGAGGGAGCCGCGGCGCGCCGCCAUGCGCCGGGUGCUGUAGCCGAAGGCGCGGGCCCGAUGGAGCGGGCCUGGGCGCGGGGGCUGCGCGGAGGCCGCGGCCCGCCGGCGCUCGGGCUCGCGCUCGGGCUGGCUCUGCUGCUGGCGCGGCCGCCGUCGGGCGGCGCGGGGGGCCCCGAGGCGCAGGAGCCGGCGGCGCCCGGCACGGCGGCCCCGGCCGGGGGCGACCGCUGCCGCGGCUACUACGACGUGAUGGGGCAGUGGGACCCGCCCUUCAACUGCAGCUCGGGCGCCUACAACUUCUGCUGCGGCACGUGCGGCUACCGCUUCUGCUGCCACGACGGGCCGCGGCGCCUUGACCAGAGCCGCUGCUCCAACUACGACACGCCAGCCUGGGUUCAGACUGGCCGGCCUCCCGCGCGUGCCCGCGACGCCACGGUGCCCCGGGACCCGGGCCGCGAACGCAGCCACACGGCCGUCUACGCGGUGUGCGGCGUCGCCGCCCUGUUCGUGCUGGCCGGCAUCGGGGCGCGCCUGGGCCUGGAGAGGGCGCACAGCCCGCGCGCGCGGCGCACCGUGACCAGCUCUGUCCCAGAACGCAGCAGAAGCCCCUGCUGCAGGAGGGGCGUUAGGACACUGACAGAACUUCUGAAGCAGGCUGACCCCCAGGAGCCACUGCCUCCACCUCUGGACCCACCUCUGGGUAGCUGUGUCCAGGUGCAGAUGGGCGAUGGCCUCCCCCAGGGCUCCCUCCACAACAGCACAGACAAGAAACGCCCCAUCAACGUGCCCCUGGCUUCGGCGACAGCGGGCCCCCCGCGCGCCCCGCGGCUGCAGGGCGGCGGCAGCCUGACGAGGCAGCCGGACUACGCCAAGUACGCCACACUCAAGGCAGCCGCGCUCAAGGCCGCAGAGGCCUCCCCGCGGGACUUCUACCAGCGUUUUCCCGCGACUGAAGCUGCCCCGCCGACCCUCCCGGCGCGAGCCCGGAGGCCCCCCGAGGACUUGCCUGCACUGCUCGACGCCUGCCCCUGGGCCCCGCCGGGCUACGCGCCCCCCGCCGGCCCCACCCCAUCGGGCCACUACAAGGCCUGGACGGCCGGCCGCCCGGCCCAGCCCGCCCCCCGCGGCCACCUGGCGUCUCAUGCCUCCUUAGCGCCCCGGAGGCCCGGCGACGCACCCCGGCGCCAGUUCAGCGUGGAGAAGCUGCCCGAGGCCUUCGGCCCGCAGCCCCCUGGCCUUUAUGGCCGCGCCAGCCGCGGACCCCGGCACCUGAGCACCAACAGCAAAGCCGAGGUCACCGUGUGAAAAAGGGGCCGCUGGUUCUGAGGCAUUGCAUCGCCAGGAGCCCUCUUCUGCCUGGGGGACUCGCCAUGGGCUUGAUCGGGGGCCCAGGCUACCGGAAGGAGGGGUGCUGGCCGUGAAGGCCAGCCCUUCUGCCUGCCCACUGGACUGGGAGCCUCGGAGCCUGCAGGGCCAAGAGGCCCACUUGGGUAAAGCCAGUGGUUCUGUCCUGGGGGCCUUAGGGCCCGGGUUCCUUGUGUAAAUAAACCCUUUUCUGUGACUCCCAUCCCUGAGAAUAAAGGAGCCCCAGCUUGGCUCUGCGAGGCGCUGA